CUUUAAUAUGACGUCAUUAGCGUGCGCUGCGCCGCAUGUGUGUGAGAGCAGGGAGCGGUGUAACGUUUGUUCAUCUGGGUUUAAUUUUUGAGAUUUAAUGAUAAACUGAUAAAUGUCCAUGGAAAGGAGAACCAAGUAAUACUGGAGACAGUUUUUGAGUAUCUUUCUCUGACUAUCAGGCUGUGUGGAAGUCAUGGCAAGCAAAAAAGUCUCUAAACUGGCUCAGGAGCCGAACAGAGCAGCUGACGACGAGGAUCUGAGCAUGUCCGAGGAAGAAGAGGAGGAAGAACUUGAACAGGAGAAUGUUGAAGAUGCCGACCAGGAGAAGGGUGAUGAUGGGGAAGAGGAGCAGGAGGAAGAGGAUGGUGAGGAGAUUGAUGAUGUCACUGAAGACAAGAAAACUACUGGGAAGAAGUGCGUCCCGGGGAUCGUGUACCUGGGACACAUACCACCGAGAAUAAGACCCAAACACGUGCGCAACAUGCUGGCGGUGUAUGGAGAAAUCGGACGGAUUUUCCUGCAGUCUGAAGAUCGCUCGGUUAAGAGAAAGAAGAGGAAAGCGGGCAAUCGAGGUUCGAGGUACGUGGAAGGCUGGGUGGAGUUCAGAGACAAGCGCGUGGCUAAGAGAGUGGCAGCGUCUCUGCACAACACGCCCAUGACCCACCGCAAGAGGAGCCACUUCAGCAGUGACCUGUGGUGCAUCAAAUACCUGCACCGGUUCCAGUGGUGUCACCUGAGCGAGCGUCUGGCAUACGAGCAGACGGUCUACCAGCAGCGCAUGAGGACGGAGAUCUCGCAGGCCAAGAGAGAGACCAACUUCUACCUGGCCAGCGUGGAGAAGAGCCAGACCCUGGACAGGCUGAGGAAGAAGAGGGCGAAGAAGGGUGAGGUGGUGGAGGAGAAGGGCUGGGACUUCACACAGCGCCGCACCGAGGAGGAGAUGAGGCUGGAGCGCGUGAAGAAGAGCGCCCUGUCCAAGAAGAACCUCCAGAAAGCUCAGGAGAAGAGCAGAGCCAUCCAAGAGAAAGCGCAGUCCAACGUGUCCCUGCUGGCUAAGAUCUUCAACAGAGGAGCGUCACACAACUGAGGCAUGUCUUCACAGACGGACAGAGUGGACAUGUGCGUGAUGGCUAUGAAACUCCUAAACGUUUUCGACGCCAUACAACGAUUCAGGACACUGUUUCUGGCAGUUUUAUGAUUGUUCUGUUUCCCCAUCAGAUUACAUAACAUGUUUUUCUAAUAUUUAAGGUUAUAUUUUUAACAAAAAGCAGCAUCUUUUCUACAUACGCUUAUAGCUGAUGUACGAACAUUUUUGCCAUUUCACUUCACAAUCAUUCUCCAUUUGUUCUCAAGGAAAUGCAGUUUUACCAGAUUACACUGUGUGUAUAUAUAUAUUUCAUGUUUAUGUGUAAAUGCAUUUCUGUGGUUAGUAAAUUGGAGAAAUAAAAAGCUUGAUGAAUUUAAA